AACACUGUACCAUGUCAAGAUCUGGUGACUCCAUUUUCUAGGACGCUGCCUGCAGAGCACUCAAACCCAGCCUCAUAAUGGAAACAGCGCUGGUGAAGAACUCCACACUAGCCAGUAGCAAUGCCUCUAGUCUUCAACACAUGAGCGGCCACAGUCUUUGGGAGAUCAUAACCAUAGCAACCGCUUCUGCCAUUGUGAGUCUGAUAACAAUAAUUGGCAACAUCCUUGUCAUGGUUUCAUUUAAAGUCAACAGUCAGCUGAAGACGGUCAACAAUUACUAUUUGCUGAGCCUGGCUUUUGCUGACCUCAUUAUAGGUGUGUUCUCCAUGAAUCUCUAUACCUCUUACAUACUAAUGGGAUACUGGUCACUCGGGACCCUCGCCUGUGACCUGUGGCUAGCUCUGGAUUACGUGGCCAGCAAUGCCUCUGUAAUGAACUUGUUAGUCAUCAGCUUCGACAGAUACUUUUCUAUCACAAGACCUUUGACUUACAGGGCGAAACGUACACCCAAAAGGGCUGGCAUCAUGAUCGGCCUUGCUUGGUUGGUGUCUUUUGUUUUAUGGGCUCCUGCCAUUAUAUGUUGGCAAUACUUUGUUGGAGAACGAACUGUGCCUUCAGGUGAAUGCGAGAUCCAGUUCUUCUCUGUGCCUGUCAUCACCUUCGGCACAGCCAUUGCGGCUUUCUACAUCCCUGUAUCCAUCAUGACGAUAUUGUACUGUCGUAUCUACAAGGAGACUGAGAAACGCACCAAGGACCUGGCCGAACUUCAAGGCUCAAACUUCUCAGCCGACCUGAGGAUUGCGAAACCUCAAAACCCUCUUCUCAAAUCGUGUUUCAAUUGCAAGAGACAGACGGACGCCAACCGGGAUCGGAACGAAACCUCCUGGUCGUCCUCUAGCAGAAGCACGGUCUUGAAAGCAGCCCUUGCGCCUAACACCAACGAUGAGUGGUCCAAGAAUGACCAGGUGACGUCCUUCAAUAGCUACCCCUCUUCUGAAGACGAGGACAAGCACAUGUCCAAGCCCAUCUUCCAGGCAGCUCACAAGAAACAGAUCAGCAGAGACAGCCAAAACGAAAGCCUUGCAGACUCCGAGGGGAGAGACGACUUUGGUGAAGACCAGCCGAACUUGAGAAGCUACUUCACCUCACCCGCCAAAUACAUCAACAGUAAAAAAGGGGUUUCCUACAAAUUCAAGCUGGUCGCUAAAGACUGCAGCCCCCCUUUGAGCAAAAACGUCUGCUCCCAGCUGGCAGCCUCGUCUGGUUCCGCGGCAGAAUCCAUGGGAACCUCGGCUUCUAAAAACAUCGACCCCAGCCUGAAGAACCAGCUCACCAAGAGGAAACGGAUGGUUCUUAUAAAGGAGAAGAAAGCGGCACAGACUCUGAGUGCAAUUCUCCUGGCCUUUAUCCUCACCUGGACUCCCUACAACAUCAUGGUCUUAAUCUCGACCUUCUCAGACUGCAUCCCCACCUCCCUGUGGCAUCUCGGUUACUGGCUCUGCUACGUCAACAGCACCAUCAACCCCAUCUGUUACGCCCUGUGCAACAAGACCUUUCAGAAGACCUUUAAGCUGCUGCUGUUCUGUCAAUGGAAUAAGAAGAAGAGGGCCGAGGAGAAGCUAUAUUGGAACAGCCAGAAUCCCACUGCUAAUAACAAACUGCCGUGAGUGGCCAGUCAAGAUAGAACACAAUGCACUUAUUAUAAAAUGGGGUUGAAUUGUCGCAGCAGUGGUACAAUUGAUAUCCAUUUUUCUUAAAUGUCUGCUGCAAAGGGAAGCAAAUAAGCUGUGUUUGUCCUGAUCUGUGGUUGACAUUUAGUCUGCAGUACUAUAUCUGUACUGUAGGUCAUUCAUGCGUUUGCGGACAGAUAGAUUACCAUGGGCCCCAUUCUGAAUCUUCCUAACCCUGGCCUGGGUUUAUUCUGUCCAUGGGCUGUAGUUGUGCAUGGACAAAAAAUCACUUGACCAUAGGCUAUUGUCUGCACCCUGACCAUGUGUGAAAAUAUGUAUUUCUUUUGUCUUGCACCCCUUAUCACACACAUGUAGGUUUUUCAUUUAAAAAGCAUUGUGAUUGGCUGUUUACUAAGCAAUGUUACUAAAUCAACCAUGCUUCUUACAUCAAAUUCAUUACAGCACCUUCUCUGUAUAAUUGCUCUGUUUUUCACCCUGGAAAGCCAGCAUAGCAUGAUAUACAAAAUCUGGAAUGGGCUGGAGGAAGAAAAGGUAAGGUUGGAACUCUGCAAUUUAACAUCAUAAAAAUUCAUUGGCCAACAGCUGGCUUGAAAAAUAAAAUUGAUAGUUAACAGUAUGCCCUCCAUAGAAAAUACAUAUUUGAAUCACUGUCUAGAAUUGGUUUCUGUCCAGGCUAGGCAACCUGGCUUUAACACAGGUGAUUUUUUUUCACUAACACUACUAUUCAUGGAGAGCCUCUUCAGAUCUAAAAUUUGUAACUUUUCCCAUAGAACCAGGUUACCCAGCCAAGUUUGUGCCCAGCAAAUGAGCCUUUCUCAGAGUCAAAAGUGAUGAAGUCCGCAACUCUUCCCCAUAUACCCUCUGUGACCCAUCCAGAUUCAGUGUGUGAUGUGCUUAGGGCUGGCAAAGUGGGAAACAGAAGGAGGGCCUCUGAGCAUGCAGUGAUAUAGAGAAGGGAGGGGCACAAUGUGGAUUAUCAAACCCAGUGUUCCCCUGAGCUUUGCGGCAACGUGUCAUUUCAAAGCCUGAUAUACUGGUAUACACAAUGCAUAUUUCCACUAGAUUCAAUCUGAUCUGAAACACAAAACUGAUCUUCCUGUCUAAACUAACGAAAGCCCAAGUAAAGAGUCCUUUCUGAGCUGCAGUGUUAUCAUCUGUAGAGCUUCAAAUGUCUUUUAAUGUUUUUGCAUGAUGUAUGCAGUGGUUUGGAGUUCUCGUGCUUCAAUAUUGAGAUAAAUCAUUUUCCCUAAAUGCAUUUCCACCCAACUGAAAAUAAAUACAGCUUGGGUUAUGUUUAUGUUCUGAGGCACUAUUUAAUUAAACGUACAGUACAUGACCAUGCUCUUGCAUUACAUAAAUUACAAAAAACUUUUAUUGGAACAUUCAGUUAGCUCUUAAUUAAAAACACGUACAUGACGCACCUCAGGAAAUGAGGCUGAAUGUUCACAAGCAGCAGACUCCUGGUCAUAUAACUCACCUGCACGCCAUGAGCGCACCUGGGGAUCCUCACAGGGUUAUUAUUUGAUUGAUAAACCCACCCUUUAGUAGUCUACAGCAAGCACUACAUAUAUCUAAAAGCUAGCUAAGAGACAAUAUUGGGGGGAAAUGCAUAAAACACAAAACCACUGGGAAGAAAAAAGAUCCCACUUUGAAUGAUUACUGUGUCCUGUUCUGGUCAUCUCACCUCAAAAUGAUUACACAUGUCAUGAGGAGGUACAGAGGAGGGUUAGGCAAGCCCUAGGUGUUAAAGGCACAAGCUACUGUAUGAAGACAGGUUCAAAGAAAAAUAUCUCUUCAUCCUUGGUAGGAGGGAUUUAAUUGAUUCCAAUCCUAAAUGUUAUAAAUAACAUGUACCUAAGUCAACACAGAGAGUAGGACAAAUGAAAGGACUUUCAUUUCCUAAAGAUGAAUGCAUGGAAGAGUUUACCAGAUGAAUCACAUCUGAAACACUGGGAACUUUAAACAGAAUGUGAAGCUCUUUAGCCUUUUAUAUGUAUGGAAGUGUUCUCACCACGUAUCCUGUAUUUACUGAUUUGCAAUCUUUAUUUUUUUGUAUUCAGUUUCCUAACAGCUCUCUUUUGUGCCUCUGCAGAAACUGCUGAGUAGAGUUUAGUGCCAUUGAAUUUAACAGGGCUGUAAUGACUGCCUCGCUGAUAAAGCAAUGGGAUCAUGGUGCCAUCAGUCUGCUGUGAAACACUCCAUGUGCUACUAACGUCUGUGCUGUAUUGUACAUAUCUGCAUUCAUAAACAGAAUAGGUGGAACCUUGUUAUACAAAUGGGUACAGUGACUUUUGCAUAUGUUCUGUGUAUGGUAUAGCUAGAUAUAUACGGAAGAUGAAAUAAAAGUAUAAUACAUACUCUAUUAAAGAGAACAUAAGGACCUUUUUAUUUUAUUGUGUUACAUGUUCCCAUGUGUUGUUACAACUGUUUACGUAAGGUGUGUGUAUUGUUUUAAUUUUUUUUUUUACAUUUUGACCACUUUUUUAA